AUGCGGCUCAGGGGCCUCGAGUGUCCUCGUGUGCUUGGCCAGCGGCCUCUGCUGCGUCUGCUGCUCUUGCUGUUGCUGCUGCUGCAGCCAAUAACCUGCACCCAGACCAUGACGGGAACCCCCAGCGCCCCAACAUCGCAGGGAAGUACCAGCGCCACAACCGUGCCCAGUUUGCCAAGUGCCCUGACCACGCCAGGCACCCCCAGAGCCCGGAGACUGCGGGAGCGGGCGCAGGCGUUGAUGCGGGACUUCCCGCUGGUGGAUGGCCACAACCAUCUGCCCCUGCUCCUGAGACACCUUUUCCACAACAGGCUACAAGAUGUUAACCUGCAUAACUUCAGUCGUGGCCAGACCAGCCUGGACAAACUUAUGGAUGGCCUUGUGGGUGCCCAGUUCUGGUCAACGCACACCCCUUGCCAGACCCAGGAGCAGGAUGCCGUGCGCCUCACACUGGAGCAGAUUGACCUUAUUCGUCGCAUGUGUGCUUCCUACGCUGAACUGGAGCUUGUGACCUCAGCCAAAGGGCUGAACAGCACUCAAAAGCUAGCCUGCCUCAUUGGCGUGGAGGGUGGCCACUCACUGGACAGCAGCCUCUCUGUACUGCGUAGUUUCUAUCUGCUGGGAGUGCGCUACCUGACACUCACCUCCACCUGCAGCACGCCCUGGGCAGAGAGUUCCACCAAGUUUAAGCACCACUUCUACACCAAUGUCAGUGGGUUGACAAGUUUCGGUGAGAAGGUGGUAAGGGAAAUGAACCGCCUGGGCAUGAUGGUGGACUUAUCCCAUGCGUCAUAUGCCUUGGUGCAACAAGUGCUGAACGUAUCGAAGUCUCCUGUGAUCUUCUCCCACUCAGCUGCCAGAGCUGUGUGCGACAAUUUGCUGAACGUUCCAGACGACAUCCUGCAACUUCUUAAAAAGAAUGGUGGCAUUGUGAUGGUGACGCUGUCCAUGGGGAUUUUACAGUGCAAUCUGUUUGCUAAUGUGUCCACUGUUGCAGAUCACUUUGACCACAUCAGGGCAGUUAUUGGACCUGAGUUCAUUGGGAUUGGCGGAAAUUAUGACGGGUCUGGCAGGUUUCCUCAGGAGCUGGAGAAUGUAUCCACAUACCCCGUUCUGAUAGAAGAGUUACUGAGGCAUGGCUGGAGUGAGGAAGAGCUUCAGGGUGUCCUUCGUGGAAAUCUGCUACGGGUCUUCAGACAAGUGGAACAGGUGAGAGAUGAAAACAAUGGUCAGAACCCUGCAGAGGAUGAGUUUCCAGACAGGCAGGUGGGCAGGUCUUGCCACUCCCACCUACUGUCUCAGCCUCAGCGUGAACACCUGGCCACACAUCUGAACAUGACCAAGUGGCUAAGCAGUCAUAUUCUCCAGAAUCCCCCCAAAGCCUCCCCACACCUUGUUCUAGGCUUCAUGGCUACUGCCACCUUCUCAACCCUCAUCCUGUGGCUCUGGUGA